UUAAGAACAGACAAAUAUAAUUUCAUGUUAAGCAAUUGAAUAACGUUAAAAGUAUAGAAACACAACUUUUGUCUUUUGUUUGUUUACAAACAAACAGUGAAAUUAAAUACGAAUUACAAUAUAAACAAAACAAACUACUCACAAAUUUCGUUAAAUUUAAAUUUUAUUCUAAAUUUAUACUAAUAAUAUAUUCAUACGAAAUGUACUCAGAAGGCAUGGCACAAGAAUUACAAGAGACAGUAUCUUGUCAGAAGGAAAAAAUAAGCAAAUUAAAAAAAAAAGUAGCAGAGUUCGAUUUAGUGGUUUCCGAAAGAAAUGACCUAAAAAAAAUAUACAAUCAAUUUGAACAAAAUAAUGAAGACAGUAAUAAUGAAAGCUAUAAAAAAUCGUUCAAUGAACUGUUAGCAAAGUGUGAUAUUCAAUCAGAAAAGCUUAAGGAAGCUGUGGAUAAAGAACACCAAUGGAUACUUAAAUACGAGAGACUGGAUGAUGUUAACAGUGACUUAAACUGUAAAUUAAUAACUCUAAAAUCUAAUGAAAAUAAAUUACAAUCAAUGUUAGAAGAAAUCGAAACAACUUUGAAGUGUGUCCAGAGUGAACUAUGUACAACUCAAUCAGAAUUGGAAGAAAAGAACUGCAUAGUUAAUAAAUUAAAGAAAAAUUUGAAGUGUAAUGAACAGGAACUCAUUAAUGUUCGCAAAGACUUGGAAUGGUGUAAAAAUGAUUGCAAGGAUUUAAAUGAAAAGAAUGGGGCAUUGAAUGUAGAUCUAAAAUUUAUAGAAAAAAGUCUAUGUGACACAAAAUUAUCUGCUACGCGUAUGGAAAAAAAAUUUACGCAAGAGCGAGAACAUUUAUCAAACGAAUUGAAAAAAAGCUGUAAAAAAUUUAAUGACUUAGAGUUAAUAUACGAUGAAGUUAUUAGUAAAUUGAACGAUGAAAAAUGUAAAUCCAAAAAGCUUGGUUUAAAAUUAAUAGAAUUGAAUAAAGUAAGUGCCAAAAAUCAUUUAGAAAUGAAAACCCGGAUACAGAAAUUACAAGAAGAAAUUUGUGCAAAGAACAAUGAUUUAUGUUCCUUGAAGAAAAAAGUCACUGAGUUGCAGCAAGAAAAUGAAUGUAAAUGUACGGAAAUAAGUGAACUAAAAAAUAAAAUUAGUGAAAGAGAAUGUCAACUGAAACAAAUGUCUUUAUUAACAGAAACAAUUGAGCAAAUCAAGUCCACUGUUUGUUGUCCCAAGAAAUGCGAAACUUCACCUUGUUGUCCAAAAAAGAAAUGUGAAACUACACCUUGUUGUCCAAAAAAGAAAUGUGAAAUUACACCUUGUUGUCCAAAAAAAUAA